CCUUUCCCGUCCAGAUCGUUCUACCUCCAUCUCUCUGUCUCUUUGUAUGUCCUCCCACCGGCGAAGAUGGAGGUUUCCAGCACGGUGAUCCGGCAAUCGGUUAGUUUCCUGCGGGGCGCCGGUGAAUCCUCUCCUUUUAGCUCUAAGAGAAGGGUUAUUGGUCGCCAGAGGUCAGCGGUGGCGGUGAGGCCGUGGUCCGAUGAAGGCCACCGGCUGUACUACGCGUUGCAGCCGAGGUGUGGCGGCGUUAGAGAUGCAAAGAGGAAGGAGGAGAAGAAGAGGGCCGCUUUGGUUACGGAGUUGUCGAGGGAUCUGGCGGCGCUGUAUUCUACAGGGUUGGGGAUGGACGGCGGAGAAGGGAAUGAUGGUGAGGUCAGGGGAAAAAUGAUAAAGGAAGCAGCCGAGCUCCUUUUAGCACAACUGAACCAGCUGAAAACCAAAGAAAAGGAGACGAAAAAAAGGAAGAAAGAAGAGAAGGCGGCCUUGAAAGCUGCAAAGAUGCGUGACUGUACAGAAAUGUCCUCAAGCUCUUCUUCUGAAUCCAGCGACAGUGAAUGUGAAGUUGUAGUGAUGAAUAAGCCUGGCAAAAAUUUCCAGGAAGUCAAGCCUAACAUCUUGGAUGUUCCUGAUCGGUCACCUGAAAGAAAUCAAGCAAAAAUUCGUAACUGUGCAGAAAUGUCCUCCUCAAGUUCUUCUUCUGAAUCCAGCGACAGUGAGUGCGAAGUUGUAGUGCUGAAUAAACCUGAGAAAAAUCUCCAGGAAAUCAAGCCCAACAUUUUGGAUGUUCCUGAUCAGUCACCUGUAUGCAAACAAGCAGAGUCAUCUCUAGAAAUUGAAGUUGAUGAGAAGACGAAUCUAAAUCACACUGAAUUGAAGCUUAACCAAGAGCUUAGUAGCAUCAAUUGCAUGAACAAUGCUGCAAUUGUUGAUUGCAGCGGCAGUGUAGUAGCAGUUGCAAAACCUUUGGAUAAGAUUGAGGUGUGCAUGGGAGGUAAGUGCAAGAAAUCUGGUGCCAUCGGCCUAUUGCAGGAGUUGGAGAAGAAGGUUGGCAUAGAAGGUGCUGUAGUUGGCUGUAAGUGCAUGGGGAAAUGUAAGGAGGGACCAAAUGUUCGAAUUGUGAGUCAUUACAGCUUACAAGACGAGCUUGGUGAAGUUUCUAAGAAGCCUCUGUGCAUUGGUGUUGGUUUAGAGGAUGUAAGCGUCAUAGUGGCUAAUUUCUUGGGUGAGAAGAAUAUAGAUAUGGGCCUCUAUGGUGCUUAGAAAAUAACCACUCAGACUGAAAAACAAGUUAUCUUUCUUUAGUUUGUGUUAUUUCCUUGUAAAUAUUUGCUUGCUAUAGUCUGCUUUUCAGAGAUAUUUCUUUUUUAUUUACCCUAUAAAAUUAACAAUAUUGAUACUUUAGUA